GCCAGUAGGAGCCUCACUCUUCCCCUGGCCUGGCUCUUUCCACUGGGGCAGGCAGACAGGCAGGCAGCUCUGGUCCGGAGGAGCUCAGGUUUAUUAAUCAGUCAAUGUGAUUUAUUAUUCCCUUCCUCCCCGUACCACAAAUUUAAUUAACCGUUCUGUAAUUUCUUGUGGGACACAGCAGCAGGUAGGCUAUAUGACAAAUUCCCUGACUGACCCACUGGUUUUAUGGUUAUCUGUUGGUUCAAUCAUUUUUGAAAGGUAGGGUAUUUAGUUUUAUUAAAACUUGGGGUGGAUGAACUGCUGAGUUCUAAGACCUGUGUUUUGACCAACAGUGAUGUUCCUCCACAAUAGCGUGCAGCCUAUUAGCCUAGUGUCCUAUUUGCCUUUUAUAGACCUAUUACUAGUACUAUCCAUUCCUCCACACAAAAGGCGAGCAUGCGAGGCGUGUGUGUGAUAUAUUUUAGAAUGCAUUGUUUUGAAUUAUAAUGACCCAACCGAAGCCAGACGGGCGGGUUGUCCGCUUUGACGCCUUGCUCAAUUAGAAUCUGUCUCUAUUUUUGCGUUUUAUCGCUGGCGCUGUAGUCACACAUAAAAAUGUUGUCAUUGUUAACUUUUUUUCAAGCUCAUUUGAAUUGAAAGAGGUAGCUAAGGGUUAAGGCUGUAACAUACAUGCUAAAUUACAUCAAUGCAUCCACUUAUGGAAACACAACAUUGCUAUAAGCAAAGAUGGAGAAAUGGACUAUCCUGCUAGCAUACAGGCACUGCUCUGGCUGUCCCCUCCUUUCCACCCGCCUCGCUCUGCUUGCUCCACCCACCUGCUUCGAUUGAGUUUAUCGCUUGAGGACAGUAUUUAUUGUCUUGAUUUUACAUCAGUUUUCAUACAACAUUUGGACUAGAAUACCAACUGCAGCUUUGUUUGCCUGGUUGCCGCCUCAGGUUAGCGUGAAACAAUUGAAGAGCCUCUCUGAAUGCGUUUGAGUGACACCCUGUCACUGGACUGUUUAUUUGUCUACUGCGCUGCCUCCCACAUGUUUGUAUUGGGGUUUUUGGUUGACUUGCUAACUACCAACCACCACAACAGUUCCAUUGUUGGGGCAAUCACAGGCAGUGGCUCUGGAAAUGCUGACGCCACUAAACAGAGGAUGAGGACAGUGGACUGAGGAAGUAGUGGCGUGGUAGAAGUGGUUGUUUCUGUUUCCACCACCACCAUUCUAUGGAGAGAGAUGCAGGCUGGGUGGUGGGUGGGCCAACCUACUUUUCAGUGACAUUUUCCCAACUGCAGUAGUUUCCUUGUCAAUCACCCAAUCACACCCCCAUGCACAGCCAGUGUGUUUGAUUGACAUGCAGGCGGUUGGUCAGGGGAGGAAUGUUCUGAGGCCCAGGCAGUCAGUGUUUGUACAACGAAAGCAAAGUGUGGUUCCUGACUAGUGGAGCCUCAGCCCAGCUCCAAGAGCAUUAGUACAAUAAGGGAAGGGUACCUUAAUCCACCUGUUAUCAGGGUGAGCCUCGCUGUCACAUUCAGAAAUGGCAACAGAAACAGCACGGCUCUGAGCUCUAGCUAUGGAAUGUAGCCUGGCCUUCCCACCCAUCCGUUCACAACAACCUCAGGCUUCACUAAUAGAUCUUCACAAACUUCUACAGUUGACAUUUUGUUUAAUUUCUUCAUACCCCAAUGUAGGUUACUACACUGAGUGUACAAAACAUUAGGGACACCCCCCCCCCCCCCCCCGGGAAACUGUUGAGCGUGAAAAACCCAGCAGCGUUGCAUUUCUUGACACACUGAAACCGGUGUGCUUGGCACCUACUACCAUACCCUGUUCAAAGGCACUUAAAUAUUUUGUCUUGGCCAUUCACCCUCUGAAUGGCACACAUACACAAUCCAUGUCUCAAUUUUCUCAAGGCUUAAAAAUCCUUCUUUAACCUGUCUCCUCUCCUUCAUCUACACUGAUUUGAAGUGGAUUUAACAAGUGACAUCAAUAAGCUUUCACCUGGUCAGUCUAGGCAAUGGAAAGAGCAGGUAUUCCUAAUGUUUUGUACAGUCAGUGCUUUAGAUUAUUAGGUAGUUGAGGUAGUUUGUGGUAAACCUAUAAUAUGCAUACGAUGUAGGCCUAUGUCUCUGGUUAGACUAGUCAUUUAUGAUGAUGCAGUGACCGAUUCCAGAAGCUUUAGGGGAUCCUCUUUCUCUCUGCUUGAGCGGUCAGACCCUGGGUGAUAGUGUGAUAGUGGUGGCUGGCUGGCUGAAGUGGUAAUGGGAUAGUGGUGGGGUGUGGGACUGGGGAUGACUGUGGUCUUUGUGAAGGUUCAAGUUAGACGGUGGUGCAGGUGCCCUCUUCUUAAUUAGGGAGGCUGUGCAGAGGUCUGUCUCUCUCAGCUUCACAGAUUAACAUGGAAAAUGUAACCACUAACCUUCUGAAAUGAGCUUCUCCAAAAUACCUGUGGCUCCAGUUUCAGCGUGUGCUGAUGUGGAGGGCAAGGGUUAGCCUAUAGGAGUAGCGGUGGGAGUGAUUAUAAACCAAGGGUUAGCCUAUAGGAGUAGGGUGGGAGUGAUUAUAAACCAAGGGUUAGCCUAUAGGAGUAGGGUGGGAGUGAUUAUAAACCAAGGUUUAGCCUAUAGGAGUAGGGUGGGAGUGAUUAUAAACCAAGGGUUGGCCUAUAGGAGUAGGGUGGGAGUGAUUUAUAAACCAAGGGUUAGCCUAUAGGAGUAGGGUGGGAGUGAUUAUAAACCAAGGGUUAGCCUAUAGGAGUAGGGUGGGAGUGAUUAUAAAAUAAGAUUGCCCGCCGAGAAAGGAGUAACACAAGUCUUGAAAUGAAAUAGGCCGAUUCUCACGUUUCUUAUGUAGCGAUUUCAGUGCCAAAAGAAAUUGUAUUUGAAUUCCAUAAGAUUUACUUUGUAUUAAGAUAUUGAACUUGAAUUUAAUGUUUUUCAUUUGUAAUGCAAUUGAAUCAUUGAAUUCAUAAACUUGACUUGUAUUUCAUGAUUUUAAACUGAAUUGAAUGAAUUGCAUUCAGCUUUAAAAUUCUAUUUCAAUUUAAUUGAAUAUUCAAAUGUUCAAUAUAUUUAGUCAUUUUUUUUAGCAGACGCUCUUAUCCAGAGCGACUUACAGUUAGUGAGUGCAUACAUAAUUUUUUUAUUUUUCAUACUGGCCCCCCGUGGGAAUCGAUCCCACAACCCUGGCGUUGCAAACGCCAUGCUCUACCAACUGAGCUACAUCCCUGCCGGCCAUUCUCUAGUGGCACAGCUAGCACUGUGAUGCAGUGCCUUAGACCACUGCGCCACUCGGGAGGUUAUAUAUGAAUAUAUAUGGUAGAUAUUGCAUUCAUUGUCCGUGUAUCAAGUUUACAAACUAUAAUUUUCAAGUUUAUCAAAGUUUCAUAUAUUCAACUUCACAGAUGCUUUCAAAUUCACUUCUCUAAAUUCAGAUUUCAAAACCAGAGACAACACCCUGGUACUUUGCCAGCCAAGAAAGAUACAGAAUCAAACGCUCUCUGUGGUCAACAGUAGCUUCUGGCGGUUUCUGAAGCCAAUGUGGCAUGUUGAAUUUAUUUUCUUCCUAUGAAUUUGGCUCUUAAGGUUUUUUUGUGUCUCAUUGUCAACAUAUCGGUGUGAUUUGACAUCGAAACAUAAUUUCCUCUUUACAUUUUUGGUCGGCUGGAUUUCCCAAGCAGCCCUACCUACAGUUAACAUAAAAGCCUGUGUGCUUCUGCUGCCUUUUGAGAAUCGUAUGUUGAUCAAAACUCGAGUGAAAAUCCUGAAUCUCUGUGUUUACAGUAAUUAAGCUGUCAUGUGGUGUGAUUUAGGAUGUAUUGAGUAAGAUCAGCUUUUAUCAUGUUGGCCUAGAAGGACGAGGAAUAAAUAUCUCAUCCACUUCUUCACCUAAUGCCCACAGGCCUUAUUUGUAUAGUGGAGAGAGAGACUGUGUGUCUAUUAGAUGUGCUCAAAUGAUUGCCAUAAAGGAAUAUACAGUGGGGAAAAUUUUUAUUUAGUCAGCCACCAAUUGUGCAAGUUCUCCCACUUAAAAAGAUGAGAGAGGCCUGUAAUUUUCACCAUAGGUACACAUCAACUAUGACCGACAAAAUGAGAAAAAACAAUCCAGAAAAUCACAUUGUAGGAUUUUUAAUGAAUUUAUUUGCAAAUUAUGGUGGAAAAUAAGUAUUUGUUCAAUAACAAAAGUUUCUCAAUACUUUGUUAUAUACCCUUUGUUGGCAAUGACACAGGUCAAACAUUUUCUGUAAGUCUUCACAAGGUUUUCACACACUGUUGCUGGUAUUUUGGCCCAUUCCUCCAUGCAGAUCUCCACUAGAGCAGUGAUGUAUUGGGGCUGUCGCUGGGCAACACGGAUUUUCAACUCCCUCCAAAGAUUUUCUAUGGGGUUGAGAUCUGGAGACUGGCUAGGCCACUCCAGGACCUUGAAAUGCUUCUUACGAAGCCACUCCUUCGUUGCCCGGGCGGUGUGUUUGGGAUCAUUGUCAUGCUGAAAGACCCAGCCACGUUUCAUCUUCAAUGCCCUUGCUGAUGGAUGGAGGUUUUCACUCAAAAUCUCACGAUACAUGGCCCCAUUCAUUCUUUCCUUUACACGGAUCAGUCGUCCUGGUCCCUUUGCAGAAAAACAGCCCCAAAGCAUGAUGUUUCCACCCCCAUGCUUCACAGUAGGUAUGGUGUUCUUUGGAUGCAACUCAGCAUUCUUUGUCCUCCAAACACGACGAGUUGAGUUUUUACCAAAAAGUUAUAUUUUGGUUUCAUCUGACCAUAUGACAUUCUCCCAAUCCUCUUCUGGAUCAUCCAAAUGCACUCUCGCAAACUUCAAACGGGCCUGGACAUGUACUGGCUUAAGCAGGGGGACACGUCUGGCACUGCAGGAUUUGAGUCCCUGGCGGCGUAGUGUGUUACUGAUGGUAGGCUUUGUUACUUUGGUCCCAGCUCUCUGCAGGUCAUUUACUAGGUCCCCCCGUGUGGUUCUGGGAUUUUUGCUCACUGUUCUUGUGAUCAUUUUGACCCCACGGGGUGAGAUCUUGCGUGGAGCCCCAGAUCGAGGGAGAUUAUCAGUGGUCUUGUAUGUCUUCCAUUUCCUAAUAAUUGCUCCCACAGUUGAUUUCUUCAAACCAAGCUGCUUACCUAUUGCAUAUUCAGUCUUCCCAGCCUGGUGCAGGUCUACAAUUUUGUUUCUGGUGUCUUUUGACAGCUCUUUGGUCUUGGCCAUAGUGGAGUUUGGAGUGUGACUGUUUGAAGUUGUGGACAGGUAUAUUUUAUACUGAUAACAAGUUCAAACAGGUGCCAUUAAUACAGGUAACGAGUGGAGGACAGAGGAGGCUCUUAAAGAAGAAGUUACAGGUCUGUGAGAGCCAGAAAUCUUGCUUGUUUGUAGGUGACCAAAUACUUAUUUUCCACCAUAAUUUGCAAAUAAAUUAAUAACAAAUCCUACAAUGUGAUUUUCUGGAAUUUUUUUUCUCAAUUUGUCUGUCAUAGUUGACGUGUACCUAUGAUGAAAAUUACAGGCCUCUCUCAUCUUUUUAAGCGGGAGAACUUGCACAAUUGGUGGCUGACUAAAUACUUUUUUUCCCCACUGUAGCUGGGAUGUAAGAAAUAUAGUCCUCUCCUCUGACACGGUCAAAAAUAGUUUUUAUAGCAACAAAUUAAGAUGGAUGCAAAGGCUUGUUUUAAGCACAUUAUCAUUAUCCCUUUAACUUGCACAAAUUCCUUCGACAAGAUUAAAUCUAAUCAGCUCUGUCUGGAGAGUAGUCUUCAUUAAUCCUCUUUUGUAAAUGGCGAGGUCUUUCUCAAUCACAGCUGACACCGUUGACAUCGGCCCAGGCUUGCGUGUUAGCCAAACUCCAUCUCACUAUCGAUUUGGAUCUGCACUGAUUGGAAUAAUUCACGUGAAUGAAGUGAAAAUUACACCCUCAUUCCUUUCACUUAUUAUCAACCCCCUCAAUUCCAUUGUAAUCAGAACAUGAUUUACCCAACUCACUUCAAACAACCGCCAAUGUUUGGUUGACCUCUCUCCUUUAAACACUGUUCAGUUGUGACUGAGUGAUCUUACUUGUGUUCCAGUGGGUGAGAUGACUGUGGUGGUGACCUCCAGAGUUUCAAAAGAGUGACCCAGUGAUGGCUCGUCCUGCCCCUGCUCCCCUGUACACCCUGAGGGGGGCUGGAUCCCCCCUCAAUGCCCUGCACUUCAGCUGCUGUGAAGGGGACCCUCCCCUGCUCUUUUCUGGGUAAGGGAUCACGCCCUAUCUCCAUAGAACAGCUGAGCUGCAUUAGUAGCCAGACACGCAGUGUUUGGCUUUUUAAAACAUGUCCUUGUGAAUGGUUGGGUAUAUGAUUGUUGUUUUUGAAAACAUCUCAUACAUAACAACAUGCUUUAGUUACAUGCAGAUUAAUCUUUAUGAAGUAAGAAUGAUAAGGACUUGUAACUUGUUAGCCAUUAUUGAUAAUAAUAGUAGGCCUAAUGGCUUGAAUGGUGUGUUGUUGUGUAGCUCCGGCCAGGGGUCAGUCCAUGUGUGGAACCUGACCACCAGGAGAGCUGAGAGAGUUUUAGAAGGUCAUUCUGGAGCCUCUGUCAUCUGGCUCAACACUCUCCACUCCAAAGACACUCUCAUCAGGUAAUAACUAACUACCUUACUGACAGUACCAGGCCUCAACUGAUCUUCAGUUUUUACUCACAAUGCACAUUGUUUAGCUGUAUGAAAUUAGCCACAAAUUAACUUUUAACAAGGCACACCUGUUAAUUGAAAUGCAUUCCAGGUGACUACCUCAUGAAUCUGGUUGAGAGAAUGCCAAGAGUGUGCAAAGCUGUCAUCAAGGCAAAGGGUGGCUACUUUGAAGAAUCUAAAAUCUAAAAUAUAUUUUGAUUUGUUUAACACUUUUUUGGUUACUACACGAUUCCAUAUGUGUUAUUUCAUAGUGUUGAUGUCUUCACUAUUAUUCUACAAUGUAGAAAAUAUUAAAAAUAAAGAAAAACCCUUGAAUGAGUAGGUGUGUCCAAACUUUUGACUGGUACUGUUUGGACCAUUGGUUUUCUUAGAGGAUUAUCUACACAAUUAACAUGUUAUUUUACCCAUUGUUCAAAAUAUGUGUUUUUGAUUGGACACCCUAUAACAGGGAUCAUCAAUUAAUUUAGAUUCAGCCACGGGACAUUUGUUUUUCUUGAGCGGAUGGUCGGGGGGGCCGAAGCAUAAUUACAAAUAAUUUGUAGACUGCAAAUUAACCGCAAGAAGCCCAAACAGACUAAAACAUAAUCAUUUCAAACCUUAUAUGCGAAAUAUUUGUAUGCGAUCACGUGUGUUUCUCUAUUAUGCGUGGGAAUACAUGGGAACAUAUUUCUUAAAUAAAAAUCACUUGGAGCUGAUUUCCUGGUGUUUCGAAAGUAUUUUAUGUCCAACAAUGCUCAAACUUUGGGGGCCAAAUAAAACCACCCGUGGGAAGAAUUCGGCCUGCAGGCCGCCAGUUGGGGAACCCUGCCCUAUAACUUCUCUAACUUUGCAUAUGGACUAAUUUGUAGCCUCACUGCAGGUGCCGCGUUAGCUGCACUCUCUUCUGUAAUAUGCUAGUGUGUGAUUAUCAUCUGUGAUAUGUCUGUCUGUGUACUGUCGGCCAGUCAGGGGCGGGACAUGCGUGUGUGCCUGUGGGACCUGGCUGAGGGGCGCAGUGAUGUCACGGACACCCUGUGGACAGGCAGUGUGGGGUUCUGUCGCUGUUCCCUGCUAGAGACUGGCCCUGGGAGAUGGCUACUGGCCCACCCUGGAGAAGCCAUGGAGGAGGUGAGAGAGGGAGAGGGGAGGGGGUGAGAGAGGGAGAGGGUAGGAGGUGAGUGGGGAGGGGUUGAGAGAGAUAGGGGAUUGGGUGACGGGAUAGGGUAAGAGGGGAUGUGGGGAGUGAGAGAGGGAUGGGGAGAGAGAGGGAUGGGGAGGGGGGUGAGAGAUGGCGAGAGGAGGGGGGAGGGGGGGGAGAGAGGGGGGAUGGGGUGAGAGAGCGAGAGAGAAAAUAACAAUUAGAAUUUGUGGAAGGGCUGUAUAUUGUGUAACUUCCAUCUCUUAAGCCUCUCUGAUAGAAACUUGUGAGUAGGUGUAGGUUUAGUGUGCAUCAGCCAGACGAAUGAUUACACAUUUCACCUUCCCCCCGCUUUAAUGUGAGUGUUUGUUAGUGUGUGCAACAGGCAGCUUUUCAGGCACCUUUAUUGCCUUCAGAUUCCUGUUACUCACCCUGCUCUGAUGAAGCCUCACAUGAAAGAGACAAACGUACCGCCGCUAACUCCAGCCUAUAGAGACAGGCAUGGCGAGGCAACGGGGCGCCUGCGAGACCAGCACCCUCAGUAAUGCCAUUGUGACGGCACUCAUGCACGCACACACGCACACAAACCCUCUCUCUUAUCACUCUGUCCCGCUCUCCUGUCUCACCCCUGGCUGCCCCACAGUCAUCCAUGCCUUUCCCAGGGGAUCCUAAUCAUAGGUCUAGACCCAUGCCUCCACACACACAGCUACAAAGCAUGGCACACUGGCGUAGAUCUGAGCCAGAGGCGGAGGGAGGGAAGGAGUUGCACCAUCAAUUUGGGAGGUAGGUUUAAUGUUUACCCCUCGCUACCUCUUUGCCAUCGGAUUGCUUCCAUUGCAAAAGCAUUCAUUAAAAGAGUGGGUGUUUUAUUUAUGGGCAUCAGUGUGUGUGCACCUGAGGCACAGCGAGUGAAGCAGCUACUUAAAGCCCUCUUUGUCUGGCUGGCAAGUUCUGGGUAAACAUGAGGCACAGAUGUGGCACCCCGAUAAAAUACAGAUCACUCCCUUAAACGGGAUGUUGAAUCUGGUUGGUCCGUGUAACAGGAUGUGUAAAUCUGAUUGGUCCGUUAAACAGGAUGUUUAAUCUGAGCCUUAAUGAGGAUCUAUCUCUCUGUUUCUGUAUCAGUCAGAGAGACUGAGUAGUGUAGCCAUAGGGGCUGCCUCUCUCAUUAGAUUGUGUAUCUAGGUACAGAGACUGAGUAGCUAUAGGGUCUCUCUCUCUCUCAUGGGCUUUCAUUAGACUGUGUAUUUUAUCAGUCAGUGCCAGUGUGUCUAGGUCAGGGAAACGACACUCGCGUCAGGAGGUCAGGCCUUAUUGGAAUGUAUUAUAGACUGCAGCGCUGCAGCUCCCCUCUCUCUCUCUCUCUCUCUCUCUCUCUCUCUCUCUCUCUCUCUCUCUCUCUCUCUCUCUCUCUCUCUCUGUCUCUCUUUCUCUCCCCCCCCCAAUUGAUCAGUCUAAUAGUAAUAAGACGGCCAUAAAGUGUAAAGCUGUUAUGUCCCAGUCCCGUUGUGUUUCCUGUUGCUGCGCUGAAAUGAGGGAUUGAAGUUUGAACUUGAUUUUAAAAAAUAUAUUUAAAAAAAAGUUUGCCUUGUCUCUGUUGUUCAGUAUUUGUAUUUAUUAGGGAUCCCCAUUAGCUGCUGCCAAGGCUACUCUUCCUGGAGUCCAAACACAUUUAAGGCACUUACAUCACACAUAAAACAAAAGAUAAAACAUUAUUACACCACUACAUACUGUAUCUACAAUACAAAAUGUAUAAUACAACAAUAUUACAAUGUACGUGUAUGUAGAGUGCAUGUGUGUGCGUAUGCAUGUGUCUGUACCUGUAUCUCUUCACAGUCCCUGCUGUUCCAUAAGGUGUAUUUGUAUCAGUUUUUUUGUUGGUUGGUUGCAAGACAUAUGGCUUUAGCUUAUACAUCUGUGAUUGGGUGUUGUUAGUGUGUGACUGGGGUCUAGGGUGGAUUGGAGUGGACACUGCUUGUUUAUUUAUUAUUUUAUUAACCUUUAUUUAACUAGGCAAGUCAGUUAAGAACAAAUUCUUAUUUACAAUGACGGCCAUCUCUUGCCUGGGUGGGUUAGUUAGUUACUUAGUUUGAAUGUAAUAACCAUGUACAAAUUUAGAAAUCUGCUUCUUAUUCUGCCUGAGUGUUUGACUGUUCCUCUUCCUACAGGUGAAGAUCAUUGACCUGCCCAGCAAGAGCCCAGUCUGCUCCCUGAUACCACAAGCCAAGCUGGGGAUGGUUAUGUGCAUCAAGCUAUGGCAGGCAAGGAGUAUCCAAUACACUGUCUUAUUCUCCCAGAAGCAAGUCUAGGGCUGCGUCCCGAAUGGCACCCUAUCUCCCAUAUAGUGCACUAGUUUUGACCAGAGCCCCUAUGUACUAUAAAGGGAAUAGGGUACCAUUUGGGACACAGUCUAGCUUCCAGCUACCUGUAUCUACGGUAAGCUAACAGUGCAGCAUCACACUGCACUAUAGAGUUCAGUCAGUUCACUUUACGACCAUAAAAGAAAAGAAAAGGUGUAGUAUUUUCCUUUCCUCUCGUCCUUCUCCUUAAUGUUUCUAUUUUUACUGGUUGUAAACGGAUUGGCUGAGAGCGUUCGACAAGACGCAUACAUAAAAGAUACAUCAACAAAUAUGAGACUACUCUUGGCUUGGUGAUUUAUAGCUAGAACUUUUUUCCAGUGCCAUUCUCCAUUCACGAUGAGCGAGUCGAGUCCCAACACUGUAAUUACAGUGUGUGCAAGAGCUGGGGUUCAACAGCCAUAUAUCAGCCGUCUAACCGCCAGCCAGCUGCACAUUGCAUCUAAAGAUCCUUUGCCCUCCUCUAUUUUGUAAAUACUGUCAAGAGUUUUAUUCCCCCCCCCCCCCCCAUUACAGAGACCUGUAAUUAUUUUCACGGUUAAUUAAUAUUUUUUGCUUUGCAGUAUUUAUGAUUUUCUGCUUAUGCAAGACGUUUAAUGAAUUGCGGCCGGUUGGUUUGAUGACAGAACAGGGGCGGUUUGGGAGUUGAGUGGCAACAGGAGUCAGAGCAGGCGAUGCAGUGUGUAUACUGUGUGUGUGUUGAACCAGGGCGGUUUGGGUGGCUAUAUGUGUCACCAGACAUCAAUGGUAAUUGUCCUUUUGUUGCUUAAUACUGUUUAGUUGUGUUCUUUACUAUUUCCUUUUUAUUUGAUUUUGGAAGCCAAUGCAGUUUCAGGGUUUACUGCCAGAAAACAUGAUUAUUAAGUAUGCAAUGUCAAUGGGAGGGAUACUUUGCAGGCAGGCAGAUCUGUUUGACACCAGGCCCAGGUUACAUUAAAUCAUUCCAGUUUGAUCCUUUCAUCACCGGGCCAGAAUAAUCUGUAACCAUCACAGAGCUACUCGAAAACGUACCCGCCAGGGGAGAGUUGAAAACAAUGUGUGUGUGUGCGUACAAGUGUGAGAGUGUGUACUGUGUGCGUAUGAGUGAGUGUGUGUGUCUACAGUUCUGUGAGUGACAUUGAAUGUGUGUGUCUACAGUACUGUGAGUAUAUGUGUGUGUCUACAGUACUGUGCAUCUUUGUGUGUUACACGUCUCUGCGUGUGAAUGUGUUAACCAAGUGCUGAGGGGUAUAGGAGGCAGCCUGAAUAUAUCGCCCACACAUUCUGUCAAUCAAUCACAAGACGCUCACCUCCUUAUCCACAUGAUCCCUGCUGGUGCAGCCCGCUGUUUCCUCAACCUCUGACACACACUGGGGGGAAGACAAUGAGUCGGCUCCCCUCUCUUUCUCUCCUCUCCCUCCAUCCUGCCUCUGAGAGUGAGAGCAAGGAUCCUCCAUCAUGCUGACAGAGACCUGAGAACAGAUUUAUUGGCGGCCUUUAAACGCUUGACGCUGGACGUUUGGAAAGGUUUAAAAUCAUAUUACGUAGCGCUUUCUUUUGGGUUUGCCCUCCCCUCUUGGGUUUUUGCUUUGCAUUUUUUCCCCUCCCCAGGCCUCUCUAAAGUUAGCAUGCGGAAUGGGGUCUGGGUCUGGAAGGUAAACGAGCUAACGGAGCAUUCUGAUUGGCUAAGGCCGGCUAGCGGCAGGAGCGGAGGGAGAAAGUGCCUCCAUAUGUUGUGCGGAAGGGAGAUGUGAGAUGUGGGCUCGGGAGGUGGACAUGAUGUAUGAUGUGCAAGGCUUUUAACAUGAACAGAGGCUGCCGGCGAGAAGGAAAGGUUCCUAUACAGAUAUCCAUCACUCUCAGCUCAUCGCCCCAAAGCCAUCAUGUCAUUGCGAAGUGGAGUAGAGCGGAUGGAUGGACGGGGAUGGGAUUGGUUCCGUAUGUGCUGCUGUGGUGUGGUGCCCACCGUUCCUUUCCCCUGAUCUGUCACAUCACCGUGCCUCUCCCGCUCUCUCAAGUCUUCCCUCUCUCGCUUUCCCACAACUGGUUUGGGACAUACUGUAGUCUGGGUCCUGUGAGUCCUGUGACUGAUGAUGAUGAACAGGUUUAGUAUGGUGUUCUGCGAUGCAUGACAUACGGCAGAUCGGUAGAGCAUGUGUGACCUGCGUUGGUUAUUAGAAGAGCACAUGAAAAACCCCAAGACCACUUCUUCUGGUCAAGUCUGACCCUCUACUCAGUGAAGCAAAGCUUAGGAGCACAGAGAGGCUGGGUCUGUACAGAAGACUAGGCGGUAACUAGCGCUGCACCCCCUAUGGCACCCUAUAUAUAUGUAUAUAGUGCACUGGUCAAAAGUAGUGCACUUUAUAGGGAAUAGGGUGCCAGUUGGAUUGCACCCUAGGAGAUGGGGUUGGAUGGUGAACAACAGUUUUCAUAGAGUACAGUACAACGGCCCCACUACUCUUCUCUCUGACUCUGGGUGCACCGUUCAACGUUCAUCCAUCUUGCCAACGGUGCUUUAUAAUGAUGAAUCUUUCCCUGAAGCAUGAGCCCUACUCCAGCAGAGAGCCUUGUAGAGGGGCUGCGGAGGAUAUAAUGAAUUAGGUGUCUACCCAGGGUUCCCUGACCUCCGCCCUGUGACAUCAUCAAUCAAUGAGCUCCUACACUUAACGUGAAGUGCAAGGGCCGAGGGGCAGCAGGCGGUAACGCUUAGCAACCGACACAGCCCAGCCAGGAGGCAGGAGAACGCUGAUUUUCAGUUGUUUUUAUUUGUUUUCAUAAUCUCAUAAUAUAGUUCGUUAGUGACGUGUUUAUAAGGAAUACACGGGUCUGUCUAUAAUUUGUUUUAAGGCUUGAAAAGAGAAAUAUACUGUUAAGUGAGAAGAGGACUUGAGGAGGAGGAGAAAAAGUGUCUUCGGUUCUCUUGGCUCCUUACACAUAUGGAAAGAAUUUCUGUUGUCCUUCAGUCUUGCCUAUGCAGGGCACACUAUCGCUUGAGGCCAGAUGGUAUGCUCAGCCUCUAGAUGGGACAAGUUUGUAGCUAAGGCUCAAAGACGAGUGGUAACAAUACAGAGAAGAAGCAUAGUUGCUUUCUAAAUACUUUAUGGUUAUGGAGAUAUCCUCCCUCUAAACUGGUUGGGUUGCGAUACCUGCCAGCAUUCUAUUUUUGUUUCCGCUUGACUUUUCCCCUGAAGACAUAAUGAUAGGUAGUCGUAUCCCUGAUUUGCAUACAUCAGGUGGAGGUGGUUGUAAAGGGACGGGGCUUUCAGACUGAGGGGGCUGUGCCUUUACUUGCCGAGAGAGAUAAAUGGUGGGCCUGUGGUCAGGGGAGGAGAGAGGGAGGCGCCCUCCCCUUUCCUCCUUUCCUCCAGCUGUGAGGUGAUAAUAUGAAGCCCUCUGCUUUUAUCAGCUCACCUUUGUUUUCAUCCACUAAACUGAUUUAGGAGCCCACCGUAUUCCUCCUCAUAACGCCUCUCCUCUUCCCUGUCUCAGAUCAAUACCUGGGAUCCUUCACAGGCAGCCAGUAAACACAUAGUAAAAGGCUGUUGUCUGCAUGUGCAGUAGAAUAGGAUAUAUAGAAUACGUCUGUAAAACCUGUGUGUGUGUGUAUUAGACAGUGCAGUGAGUCUAUAUGCAUGUCUGCUCCUGCAGGGAGGGAUACAGAUGAGGAGUAAAUUGACGAGCACUGUAAUAGUAAUAGUCUGCCUGCCAGGCCAGCAGGAGAGUAAUGGUCCUCAGAGUCGCACAGCGUCAGUGUGCUCCCAUACAGAUAACCCCUGCUCUGUCUGCACAGCCCCCUGGCCUCUAUGGUAACAUAUCCUCCUCUUCCCCCCCCCCCUCUCAGCCAGACUCAAGCCCUGGCCCUCUCCUCCUGGCUGGUUAUGAGGACGGCUCCCUGGUGCUAUGGGACGUAUCCCAGAGGUCCGUGCUGAGCAGUGCGGCCGCCCACCCUGAGCCCGUCAUGUGUCUGGACUUUGACCCCGCCAGGCAGAGGGGCAUCUCUGGCUCCUCAGAGAAGAGCCUCGCCUCCUGGAUGCUUGAUGGACAGCACAGACUCCAGGUCAGUGAGUGUGAGCCUUCUCUGCGGACUCCCUCCUAGACCUGGGUUCAAAUACUAUUUAAAAUCUUCCAAAGACUUUGACGUUUGUUCUAGCCAGACUGGAGUGGCCAGGUGGGUGGGUUUUGCCCUUUUGGGACUUUUCUAUUGUUUCCGUCGCAGCAGGUAAGCUCAAUCAAUCACAGAUAGAGUAUUUGAAAGGAUUUUAAAUAGUAUUUGAACCCAGGUAGGUCUGUUCUCUCCAGACUCUCUCUGGCUCUCUUCUCUCUCUGGUAAAACAUACAGCCCAGAGGAAGAGUCUCUGCAGGGCUCUGGGUCAUAAAUCAAACCGCUGGUUACACAGUGUCGGCAGGCCCAGGGCUGGGGUGUCACUCUAGAGGAGCAGAUCGUCUGCCACACACACACACACACACACACACACACACACACACACACACACACACACACACACACACAUGCGUGCUCAGUCCUUCUCAGACCAGAACCAUCCUGAUGCUCUAGUCUAGCUGCUUUAGUGACUCUGAAAAAACAAACAUCCCAUCACUCUUCUGCCAUAUAUUAUCUUACGUAACAACCGAGCGCAUCUGAGCUGCAACGCUUCAUUUGACGCUAUAUUUUCUGUUGAUUUCAUGAGCGAAAGGAACGGCCCCAUAUUUCACGUGUACCCAAUGAAUCAGUGUAGAGGGGAACCUGAGACUUGAUAUACUACACUCCUGCACUGUGGAGGGGUAUUAUUCUUUCCAGGCCUUUUUACAAAUGAACGCUUGAAUUAGAAAUAUUUGUAAACCCUCUGUUUUUUUGCCCCAAACGCCUGCAAUAACACUGGAAAGGGUUUGAUUCAAUAUACUGAAAAUAGGAGCCCUGGCUAUUCGGUUUAUUUUGCACAAGCACAAAAUAUUGAUUUAAUAUGUAAUUCUGGAGAAUAUUUUAAAAAGCGAGUGGGGGAAAGGAUCCAACUGGGGCUUUUAAAUUAUCCUGAAGUGCAGCGCAGUGUGACGCCCAGACAGCCAUCUCCACUUCUUCCCACAAAAGUAUUUUUGUGCGGACGGCAGUAUAGCGAGGCGGAGGGCUGGGGUAUCUGCCUGCCGGAUGGCUGCUCUUCUCUGCCCGAUGUACGACCCGCGAGAGGUAAUACAAAUAUAAAAACCUUGGAGGCUGUUAACCAAACAAAAAACAUAUCUGCAGUAAAGGAACAGUAGUUCACAGUGGGAGGCUACAAUCAAGUCUGAGGAGCUGGAAGUGCCAUAGGACCCCAGUCCACAAAUCACCCCCACACCAACCAUAGCAGUGACAUCACCCCCACACCACCCAGAACAUUGGAAUCACCCCCACACCACCCAAAACAGUGGAAUCACCCCCACACCACCCAGAGCAUUGGAAUCACCCCCACCCAGUGCAGUGGAAUCACUUCCACCCAUAGCAGUGGAAUCACCCCCACACCACCCAGAGCAGUGGGGAAUCCCCCCCCCCGCACACACACCACCCAGAGGCAGUGGAAACCCACCCCCCCCCCCCACACACACCCACCCAGAGCAGUGGAAAUCCCCCCACACACAACACACACAACAACACACACACACACACCCCGAAGGCAGUGUAAUUCCCCCCCCCCCACUCCCCCACACACACACCCGAGCAGGGGAUCCCACCCCCCCCACCCACCCACCCAGAGCAGUGGAAUCCCCCCCCCCCCCCCCACACAACCACCCAGAGCAGUGGAAUCCCCCCCCCCACACACACCACCCAGAGCAGUGGAAUCCCCCCCCCACACACCACCCAGAGCAGUGGAAUCCCCCCCCCCCCCCACACACCACCCAGAGCAGUGGAAUCACCCCACCACACCACACACACCACCCAGAGCAGUGGAAUCACCCCCACACCACAGCCCAAGCUGGGGGAGGGAGGGAGUUCAACUCUGAGGUGGAGGGGAAAACUGAGUUUGACAGAACACAGUGGGGUCCUGGUGGUAGUUUCUGCUCUCCUUAGUGGGAGGUGAAGGCUGUGAAAUGGGCUCAGAUAAGGACAGAUACACUCUGGAAUGGAACUUAAUUUAUUACACAUGGCUCCUAGAGGCUGUUAUCUUCUGUUCAGAUGAGCUUUGGUAACCUUGGUAUCUUAACUUUUUUGUUAGUUACGUAUUUGUGAGGAUAUCGUGCGUGUGUGUAUUGAGCAGGGGAGAGUGCAUAGAUAUGGAUUUAGUCCCCAGCAGCCAAAGGUUGCUGCUCACUACUGACAGACACUGUGAGAUGGGUUCCUCCAGUCAGAUAUAGAUAGACAGAUGGAGGAGAGAGAAAGACUGAGGUAGAGAGAAGCGGGCAUAGAGGGAGAGAGGCAGAGAGAGACCGAGGGAGAUUAGCAGCGUAAAUCAGGCAUGGCUGACUCUGUGAGUGGCCAGGCCAGAGACACAAUGACAUGAUGACAGCUCUCACAGGUGGCGCUCCACAUCCCUCAAUCACAGCCAUCUCUAACCCCAGCCCCAUCUCAACCUCCUGCCCUCGGCCCAGCCCCCGAAUACCAAGCAUCUCCGUGUCACCAACACAUACCUGCAUAGACUCUCCUGUGCUGACCUGGGUUCAAAUACUAUUUGAAAUCAUUUCACGUACUUUAGCUGUGGUGGGGUGAGCUUGUCUGUUGCAAAUUUUACUGAAACUAAUAGAGAAGUCCCAAAAGUGCAUAUCACGCCCGACUGGCACUUCAGGCAGGCUAAAGCAAACACUCAAAGUAUUUCAAAUAGCAUUUGAACCCAGGUCUGCUCCUGUGUACCAGGAAUUCUAGUGAGGCCUACAUCUAUCAGCUGACAGAGAGAAUAGGUCAGGUCAUUACAGACUGAUGCCUAAUCUAGGCUGGGGGUGAUGGACUGAUGGAUGGAUGACUUGGAUCCCUUCUCUAACAGUUCCUCUGAGGCGUGGCCGAGCCGCCUGGUUUCAAGAGAUAUUCUAUUAGUAUUUUUUUUUAAGGUUUGGGAGGGCAGGUACAGGUGUAGCUCUUACCUGUCCGUCUGUCUGUCACGUCCAUCUCCUUUCCUGUCUCUGAGACGGGGCCCCUGACACCGACACCCACAGUGUUAUUCAGACCUGGGUGGGGUGUUAGAAAUACCUGCCAGAAUUCCGGAAUGGAAUGGACACAAUCUGCUUGAGUGAGACUGAUGAUGGGGAUGUUUCAAUAGAUCAGCGUGAAGCUCCGUGCCAAGAGCUGGUCCUCCUGAGCGAUCUGCGCCGAGAAGCAAAGCAGACGCUCCUUUUGAACGUCCGUCCUAUCUGUCCGCAUUGCCAAGAGCAGGAUCUCAACGUGUGAGUUUUUAUUGGACUAGACCCUGUAAUCUGGGGAAAUGAAUGGCUUUUGGGAAAGCCCAGCUGUAGAACAGAGCAGAGCAGGAGGUAGCCUAGUUGUGACUGACUGCUGAGAUUACUGGCAUUUAGACAGCAGGCCUGGUGUGUCUGUAACCAAGCCAGGAUGGAAUGCUCAAACAGACAAAUUAUUUUCAUGAUGACGAGAAUUUGAUAGUAAGGAAUGAGAGGAGUUUAUUAAUGACUGAGCUACACUCACUGGAAGAAGUGUCUGAUGUAGCAGCCAUUUUCUCAGCAUCAUGUUUCAGAUUGGAGAAAGUGUAGAGAAAAUAAUUAGGCUUACAACCUAACAAUGGAUGGACAAUUACUUACUUUUUUGACCAGCCAUUUACGGCUUACAACUGACCCCUUCAUUAAAUAAAUACAUUUUCCUGACACAAUCUAUGGGAAGCAAAACAAACAAAAAUAGACAGUUGAACCUAUCAUUAUCAAGGCCUGUAAUGACAACCAGAUGGAGAGGGGUUCGGGCAUACCAACUUCUUGAGGUAAUAAUGGGCUUCAAAAUGAUCCAUCUUUCACCCCCCCCCCCCCCCCCCUCCCCCAUCCAGCCCCACUUUGUUGGUUUGUAGGUCUCUUACAUGGGCUAGUCUAGUUCGGCUGACAAUACGUUCGUUAGUAUUAGCUUGAUCUAAGUCAAGUAGUAAGAACCCAUAUUAAUCCUAAAUUAUUCUAGGUUUUUGUAUGUCGGUUCGUUGGUUGCGUUUUGAUCAAUGGCAUUCCUCCUCUGUAGUCUUUCUCCCGUUGCAUUCCACUCUAUCCACUAGGGUUGGGACUGGGAGUACCUGGCUUAUAUCUUCCACAUGCAGUGCUGAACGCCUCUGAUUUUCCCAUCCGGAACAGGAGCACGCAGAUAAAUUCUUGGCUGUCACCUCCUGCACAAGGCCAUUAGUCUCCAAGGACACAGCUUAUGAAGUCAAUUUUACGCUGUCCAGUUUGAUUCCUGCUUCCAUGGCCAGAUGUGGAUGUCCCAUUCAAACACACCAGCGUUACGCUGCGCAGUCUUACGAAGAACUGGGUAGAGCACGUACGUUCCCCCUCGGAAUGUCAGCGGCACUAGGCCCGUAGAUAGUGAUCUUGCUGCCAUCCAUUAUAAUGUGUCACAAUGUUGCCCCUUACUGAGAUAAAUUCAGUCUCAGGGACACUGUAGAUCAGAGAAUGGGAGUGGAGGGUAAUCUGGAGCAGGCAGCCUUUACAACUGUGUAUUUAUCGGUCUCUUCUCCUGUUGACCAGACCUUUCAAUGCACAUGUAAUUCAUCAGAGGUGCUUAAAGAAACACGGUUCUGCAAACAAGGAUUUCAACGAGAUGGUCUAUCUCUCUUUCUUUAUUUACUCCUCUCUUUCGCUCUCUCGGCUCUCCCUCUCUCUGUCUCGCUCCCUCUCUCUCUCGCUCUGUCUCUCUCGCUCUCGCUCCCUCUCUCUGUCUCUCUCGGCUCUCCCUCUCUCUGUCUCGCUCCCUCCCUCUCUCGCUCUGUCUCUCUCGCUCCCUCUCUCUGUCUCUCUCGGCUCUCCCUCUCUCUGUCUCGAUCCCUCCCUCUCUCGCUCUGUCUCUCUCGGCUCUCCCUCUCUCUGUCUCUCUCGGCUCUCCCUCUCUGUCUCGCUCCCUCUCUCUGUCUCGCUCCCUCUCUCUGUCUCGCUCCCUCUCUCUGUCUCGCUCCCUCUCUCUGUCUCGCGCUGUCUCUCUCGCUCUCGCUCGUAAAGAAGUGACAAAGGUAUCUCAGCCCCAUUGCUCUUACCAUUGAAAACCUCCCAGCCUGUAACUCCAAACCAAAUAGUCGAAAUUGAGAGAGAUUUGCUCUCCACUACUCAUGUCGUAAUGUUUUAUGCCCGAUGAUUGAGUCCCUAGAGUUUCUUGGCCAGGUUCAACAACAAUCCAGGCCUCCACUUGGACCUCAAUCAUCAAAUCAGCUGAUCAUCUCUCUCUCCCUCCCUCCCACUCCCACUCCCUCUCUCUCUCUCUCUCUGUUGUUAUUGGGCAUGCUUCCCCACACGGGAAUGAUUAAGUAGCUUGGUGACCUAAUUGGUGUUUGAUCAUUAUUUUUCUCUCUCGGUUGGUUGCGCAAUUCUUUUGAGUCUCGUUUUAGAUCUUGUGUAACAAAAUGAUUACCUCAAUUACUGUGACAAAAAGGCUAUUUUUAAAUAUCCAUGGGUUUCUGUUUUGCAUGAACGUCUUGCGUAUGUUACUUAGCAACUGAAAAGUCCUGACCAAUUACCUUUAGCAGCCUACAAUGUUAUAACCAAUUUGGAGUGCAUUGCUGUGCUUUUCUUGUGUUGAACAUUGUGUGCAUGCUUGUGUUGGUGAAUCAGGCUCUCUGAGAACAGUCUAUGUAUGGAUUCUUAUGGCCCCUUUUUGUUGCUUGCUCUCUCUGUGGUCUUUGCUGUUCAAUCCUCAGCUCCAGCAACCCGUAGCCCUUGUGAAUCCUGGCAUCUCCCAGCUCUGUAUCCGGGGGGACCGUAAGAUCGUGGCGUCGGCCGGCUGGGACCACCGUGUCCGUGUGUUUGGCUGGAAGAAGCUCCGGUCCCUGGCUGUCCUCCAGCACCACACAGACAUGGUGAUCAGCCUGGCCUUCUCAGACCAGCAGGACCCAAGGAACAGGCUGCUGGCCGCGGGAUCCAAAGACCAACGCAUCAGCCUUUGGUCCAUAUACAACCAGGGCUCAGACUCGGACACUGGGUGAGCCACUGGGCCCUGUAGGUAUGCUAUGGGUGUGACCAUGAAUGCGUGUAUCUCAGUGAUUAUACCAACUCUUCUACAUUUCACGAUGCAUAAGCAUUAUGAACACUCCUUUUACUAUCCCAGGUCUGUAUCUGAAUGUACUGACUAGAGCUGGACUAUGUGGACUACUGGGCAGGAACUUCUGUCUCAGACUGUGAAGACAUUUCCGACAUAGCCAAGAUGGAUCAGGUCAGGAUGAGAUGUCUUUGUGCUUCCAAACAAAAGCUGUCAAGAUGGCGGGUUAGUUCUGCUAACAAUUCACUGAGACUUAAUUUGAGGAAUUUGUACACAUUAUUUUGUCAAAUCCAACUGUUAAAUAGUGUUUGCUUAUCUGGUAGGAGAUUUGCUUGAGCGGACUUGAAUUUGAGGUAUAAGUCGCACCUGAGCGACUGUGUAAUCCUGUGUUGUUGAUCUAGUUUAACAUUGCCCUCUGCUUUGACCUACACUGCAUCAGUCAAACAGGGUUAACCACAGAACUGGGACAGAAGAGACAAAGCUGUUUGUUAAGGAGGGUCACUAAACAAUCGUCCCUCAACUAGAGAGGCUGUCUGUAGGGAUAUGGACUAAAGAGGUUAAUUGUAUUUUCAGUUUGGUCUUGAAUGUAUUUCUGUUUGUUUUUGUGAAUAUGAUAUGUUGCCCCUGUGCAUUGUGGGAAGUAAUGUGUCAAAUUCAAACUUUGAUUGGAUACAUUUACGGUUUGUGAAUUACACCCCAAGUACACCGUAUGUAUGUAGUAAAUGCUUUGCUUUUUUACUUUUUUAUUUCCUGGUAGGCCUAAUAAAUAUGUUUUUCUGUACAUCCACCAAGCAUCAACAGUUGUAUAACUGCAACCUAGAAUCUAAAUUAGUCUUCCUUGGUCAGGGUAGUUGAGAAGCCGUCCUCCAUACUUAUG